UCCUGCACAUACAUAUGGCCGUCGCCGCCGUCGGCGACUGUUGACGACAGCCAUUGCUCGGACCUGUCAUACGCACGCCGCCCGUCGUUGAUCCAAUUUAACGACGACGUUUCCAGCGAAACGAUCGCGCACGUUUCACACGGAUAACGAUUCAGCAUGGGUAAUUGUUGCGGCUCCUGUUACAAGGGAUCGUCGUCGUACGAGGAUCUCACUCCCGAUCGGGAAACAAUACGUAGAAAACAGGCGGAGGCAGCUGAGAAGAGGAUAGCCGAGCAACAGCAACGGGGCAUAAAGGAUAUAGAGUCUGUCAAGAGGCAACAGCGACGGGCGUUGGAACUCGAGAAGCGAGAACAGGAAGCCGCUGCCAGCGGCACGCAGCCUACGCUACGAUGGCAGGUGCAAUAAGAGAGAACAACAUGCCGUGGCUCAAUGGGAUUGAGCUCUGUAUUUUCUCAUUUGGGAGGUAUUAAGUAUUUUACACUUGGCCAAAAUGGGGCAGACCUAACGUCACCAACGAUGCUGCUAUAGUCACACAAGUGCAAUCUUAUUUUGUAUUAUUUACACAUAAUUAUGGGAAUAAGCUUUGAGUUUUUUAAUUUAACGAAAUACAUCAGCUGAAAUCGAACGACCGAUACCGAGGUUCGUUUUCAGCUGACGUGUAUUUUUUAUCAUAUUUUGUAUAUGUAUAAGUUUAUAUAUGUAUAUAUACACGAUUGUGCAUGCUCUAAAAUAUGACUGACACUGUUGCAAACGUUAAAAUUUUGCUUCUGCUUCAAUUUACUAAAUGAUUAGUUCUUUAUUUUCCAAUCGGUUAUAAAAUAUACAUAUAAAUGUAUUACAUUUAUAUAUGUUUUCAGAGAGUUAAAGUUGUAAACAUAAAUUUUAGAUGACGAAUGAGAACAGCUGAGAGCAAAAAGAUAUCCUUAUGCAUUGUUAAUCUUUCUUCAAUAAAAAUGAACUUUUGUGA